AUAUUUUCAAUUUUGACAUUGACAGCACCGUAUCACUCCUCAAUAUUCGUGGGGUUAUUUGUCAGACAGAGUUGUUUGUAAUCUGUCGCGGAUUUUAAUGAAAAACUAUGAAGAAAAUCAACGAGCAAAAGCUGCAAGCCUUUACGAUAGGUGCCAUGGGGAAGCGUCCAUUGACCCGAAAGGAGCAAGAAGAGAUACGGAAGCGCGAAGAAGAGGAAGCGGCGGCUCAUGCAUUUAAGGAGUUCGUGGAGACAUUUCAAGAGAGUCCAAGUGCUUCGGGGAAAGUUUGGGUCAAGGCAGGCACUUAUGAUGCCGGAUCGCGAAAGGAGGAUCACCGAGAAAAAGGAAAAUUGUACAAACCAAGUUCACGCAUUUCUGAUGAAAAAUCUACAGCUGAGAAGGCACAAGAAUAUGCUAAACUUUUGGCUUCAGAAUCCAAAAAGGAUUCACUUAGCAAUAAAAAGAAAGCACAAGAAAAGAAAAAAAGUAAUCUGGAAGCAUUUAAAGAGGAACUUAAACAAAUUCAAGAGGAGCGCGAAGAACGUCAUAAAUACAAGCAAAUGGCUCGAAUGCCUGAGUUCAGCAAAAUGAUUUCUUCCCAUGAUUCGGACAAUCCAAGAGACUCUGAUGUAGGAUCGUUUGACAACGGCGACCCCAACACUACUAACUUAUAUUUAGGAAAUUUAAGUCCAAAGAUAUCGGAACAACAGUUAAUGGAACUGUUUGGACGCUACGGACCACUAGCUAGCAUUAAAAUCAUGUGGCCCCGAUCUGAAGAGGAAAAGUCGCGUGGCCGUAAUUGUGGAUUUGUGGCGUAUAUGAGUCGCAAAGAUGCCGAACGUGCCCUCCGGAAUUUGAAUGGACGUGAUAUAAUGGGUUAUGAAAUGCGGCUGGGUUGGGGCAAGUCAGUUCCAAUCCUAAAUCAUCCUAUCUACAUCCCACCUAGUUUGAUGGAGUACACAAUGCCACCACCACCGUCUGGCCUGCCAUUCAAUGCCCAACCACCGCCUGACGAAGCACAGACUCUUCCCAAAGGUGAUUAUAAAGAAUAUGCCGAGGAUCCUGAAAAGAGGGAAGCUAUGGAGAAGAUGCUUCAUAAAUCCGUUGUGAAAGUUGUCGUCCCUACCGAAAAGUCUUUGCUGGCGCUAAUUCAUCGAAUGAUAGAAUUUGUUAUUCGGGAAGGUCCUAUGUUCGAAGCAAUGGUGAUGAGUCGCGAAAUAGAUAAUCCGAUGUUCAGCUUUCUGUUCGACAACGAAAGUCCUGCACAUAUUUACUACAGAUGGAAAUUGUUCUCUUUACUGCAAGGGGAUACUCCAUCUGAAUGGAAAGAAAAAGAGUUUCGAAUGUUUUUGGGAGGAUCAAUCUGGAAGCCACCGCUUGUAAACUUCUAUACACAAGGCAUGCCCGAAGAAUUAAUCGUAGAUGAGGGCGCGCCGGAAGUGAACAAAGGAGCCUUAUCAAAUGCACAACGCGAUAGAUUAGAAGAUCUCAUACGACAUCUAACACCGGAACGUUCAAAAAUCGGCGAUGCAAUGAUAUUUUGCAUAGAACACGCCGAAGCUGCCGAUGAAAUAUGUGAUUGCAUUGCAGAAUCAUUGUCUAAUCUUGAAACGCUUGUUGGCAAGAAAAUAGCUCGUUUGUAUCUGAUUUCAGAUAUUUUACACAAUUGCACUGUGAAAGUUUCGAAUGCCAGUUUUUUCCGUAAAGCGAUGGAACGAAAUUUGGUUGACAUAUUCCGGGACAUUCACGCCUAUUAUAUGUCGUUAGAUAGUCGACUGAAAGCUGAAGGCUUUAAAGCUCGAGUAAUGAAAGUUGUUCAUGCUUGGGAAGAUUGGACAGUUUACCCAAAGGAAUUCCUCUUCAAAUUGAAGACGACAUUCUUAGGUCUCUCGCAACAAAAAGAAGAGAAAGUCGAACCGGAGAGUACACCUUUAUCUGGAGAUGAAAGAGAUGAUGAAGACCUGGACGGAGUACCCUUGGAUGGUGCGGCACUUAUAAAAAGCGCGCUUCUUCGCGGAAUCCCAGAGGCUCAGGCUGUUAUCAAGGACACCCCGACCAGAGUCCAGGAGACCAGUCAGGACGCAGACUAUGAUGACGACAUUGAUGGAAUUCCGAUGGACGACGACAUUGAUGGAAUUCCUUUAGACAAGCUAGGUGACACGAAAGCUUCACGGGCUGGUGCAUUUAUUCCUUCGAAAUGGGAAACAGUCGAUCCAGAACAGGUCGAAGCACAAGCAAUUACCACUAGUAAAUGGGAUACUCUUGAACCAGUUGCACCCGAUCCUCCAAAAUUUUAUGAUUCCGAAGAAAGCAAUAAUAGCGAUAACGUGGAUUUUUUGAGAGGAACAAAUGAAGAAAAACGCAAUAAAUUACGGGAAAUUGAGAUGAAAACAAUGGAAUAUCAAGAUGAGUUAGAAUCAGGUGGUAGAGAAGUUAAACCAGGUUGGACGAUACCACAACAAGUUGAACAUUAUCGGAGAAAAUUGCUGAAACGGGAUCAUGUCGAAAGCGACUCUCCAAACGAACGAGUAUCACGAAAGGAUGCUGCCAAACGUUCACCCAGCCCAUCAGAGUCGUUGAGCUCACGUAAAUCGAAACGAUCACGUCGAUCCACUUCCCCGUAUUCCGGCCGAUCCUCAAGUCCUCCAAAAACCAAGCGACGUUCACGGUCUCCAUACUCUAAACGGAAAAGUUCCCCAUCUCCUACUCGUAGUUCACGAAAACGUCGCUCGAAAAGUUCAUCAGAAUCACCAAAACGUUAUGCUCGAGACAGAUCGCCGGCAGCGAAAACAUCGAAAUAUGAAUCCAGUCCUAGAAGGCAAAGAUCAAUUUCACCAACCGAAAGAUCUCGCCAUGCGUCUCCAUCUAGAUCACGACGCUCUCCGGAGAGGGCUUCUAAACGAGAAUCAUCACCGCCACGGUAUGCCAAGUCACCAAGUAGACAUCGCUCGGAAAAGCAUAAACAUAAGCAUAAAUAUUGAAGACGUGGAAUGGAGGAAAAUUUAGUAAUAUUAAUUUUAUUUACAACCACUAUGCGUAUACUUGUGAAAAUUUCUAAUAAAGUGAAAAUAAACUAUAUUCACUAUUUCUUACUUCAAUAAU